AUGUCUCUCAAAACUAUUUGGAUUUUUAAAAGUUCCAGCAUUACCAACAAUCAGGAACUAUUAAAAUUUUUUAAAAAAAUUUAUCUAAAUGUUCUAAAAUUUAAAAUAAUUUUUGAAAUUUAUCCAAAUAAAAGUGAGUUUAUGUGA